AUGUCGGAACACGGUGAUGAUUUGGAUGACGGACUUGACUAUAGUUACAACUCCUCAAGCGAUGGGAUAGAGACUUUGGCUUAUAGUCAAAAGACCUCAAAUUCAGAUCCGGACGGCGAACCAGAACAUGACAAGAACUCGAAAGAUCACAAAGCGCACAACGCUGGAAAAAAACGUAAGCAUAAAAGUGAUAAGCUGGCUCAAAAGAAGAAGCAAAAGAUGGAACUUGAUAUGGAACAAAAACGAAAUCUUGCCAAGGAAUUACCCGAUGUGAUAGCAGAAAAGCUUGCUGCUAAGAUCAGACAACGCUUUCCUGAUCUGUCUCCAUUGGAGUUGAGUGAGUUGUACAUUAGUAGAUCUGCCAUCAGGGAUUCGCAAAGCUUUGCUUUUGAGCGAAAUUUGGGUAAUUACAAAAACUACAUUCAGACACAAUUGAAAAGAGUUCUUCAAGAUAAGGGAUAUAUUUUGGUUAUAACAAUAUCAGCCAUUCGAGCAUGUGAUGUAUUUCGUGCUGUGAAAUCUCUUUCAACUGGAGCUUUUAAACUAAUCAACAAGAACAAACUCAGGGACGACCUGCAAGCAUUAAAGAGGUCAAAGGCUAGAAUUCUCAUUGGUACCCCUGGAAGAAUAUCCAGAAUUCUUGAGACCGAAAACACGCCGGUAACCUCUCAAAUGAUAGAUGCAAUCAUCUGUGAUUCCUCUUUCUUGGACUCAAAGUUGCAAAAUAUAUGGGACUACGAUGAGUCCUUCGCUUUAGUCAGAAAGGUACUAUCCAUGAACGAAAAAUGCGAAGUCUACCUAUAUUGA